UUCAGGAGGGACUGGUCCCCCCACGAGGCCCCCCCGCACGGCCAUGCCCUCCUGCGGUACCGGCCCCGGCCGGACGCGGUGGCCUGGAUGGAGACCCGAGGCGUGGAGCUGAUUUCUGUGACUGCCCGAAGGAGACGCCGCAGAAGAAAGAAGGACGUGGGGCUGGUCCCCAGGCAGCACCUGGGCCACAAAGGGUUACGCAAGGCACCCUGGAGUGACACCACCGCCACCAGCCCGGGAGCUCGGCUCCUUCCUGGUCGGAUCCCCGGCUCGCCUCCAGUGGGAUUGAGGAAGGAACCAGCAGCUGCAAAGAGGAGCCGGAGCCAGUCUGUGCCCCCAGACAGGAGGCAGGGGCUGCUGAGCCCGCGGGCCCCUGCGGUCACUGCCCCUCGCUUGCGUUGGCGGGUGGUCACCAUGGAGGAGAUGGUGAUCUGGGAGCAGCACACGGUGACACUGAGCAAGGACCCUCAACGGGGCUUUGGCUUCGCUGUCUCUGGGGGCCGGGACCGUCCCAACAGGACGACCGGGGACACAGCGGUGGUUGUGUCGGAUGUGGUGUCUGGAGGACCUGCUGUGGGCCGGCUCCAGAGGAAGGAUCACAUCGUGAUGGUGAAUGGCCUUUCCAUGGAGAAUGUCUCAUCUGCCUUCGCGAUCCAGACACUUAAAACCUGUGGCAAGAUUGCCAACAUCACACUGAAAAGACCAAAGAAAGUCUACCUCCCCAUGAGCAAGAGCAGCCCCGGGACCCCCACCGUGCCCCGGCGCUGUGACUCGGACGAGGAUCAGGGACCAGAGGGUGCGGAUCCAGCCUCGCGCUCCCGAGACGACCUGCACCACAACCAGGGCUACGACGGGGACUCGUCCAGCGAGAGGAGUUCUGGUCACCACCGAGGUGACCGGCGCCACCACAAGCCGGUGUCCCGGAGCCGGAGGCGAAGCCAGGACAGCAGCCACUGGAGGCAGAGCCCGGGCUCGGAUCGGAGGGGCUACGGUCGGGGCCGCUCUGCCAAUGGCCUUGGCCACCAAUGGGACACCAACGGGCUGGCCCUGGUGUCGGGCUUCAAGCGGUUGCCGUGCCGGGAUGUGCCGAUGAAACCCAUCACAUCGGUCUUGGUGAAGCAGAAGCAGGAUGAAGAGUAUGGCCUGAAGCUGGGAAGUCAGCUCUUCAUCAAACACAUAGUGGAGAGUGGGCUGGCGGCCAAGGGCGGCUCCUUGCAGGAGGGAGACCUCAUCCUGAAGAUCAACGGGGUGCCCAGCGAGGACAUGUCCCUGGCUGACACCCAGCAGCUCAUCGAGCGGAUGGAGGGAACCCUGACCCUGCUCAUCCUCCGGGACCACCGGCAGUUCCUGGUCAACAUCGCGGACAUGGAAGACAGCCAGAGUGACAGCUCCAGGAUGGAUGAUAUCUCUGACAUCGACUCUGAACUGUCCCAUCCACCAUCCCCUGAGACCUCCCUGCGACCUCCAGCUGCUGCUGGGAUGGAGAAGAGACGAUCGAACAGGGACCCUGUGCUUGACACAACGAAGGAUGAUGCUCGAGGCCCUGGUGAGUGUCCCCAGCCUCCGCUGCCCCAGCAGUGGUGCAGCCACCGCUGCCCUGGGGACCAGCCCUCCUUCCCUGCAGACCUGCUGCCCACCAUGGAGCAGGACGGUCACCGCAGCCCCCAGGCCAGCCCUGCUGCCCAGGCUGCCCACAAGGACGGGUACAGUGCGGCCGCCAGGACCGUGCGCUUUGUGAAGGCCCAGAGCGUGGGGCUGCGUCUGGCUGGCGGGAACGACGUGGGCAUCUUCGUGUCCAGUGUGCAGGAGGGGAGCCCGGCUGACAGCCAGGAUGUCCGGGAAGGGGACCAGAUCCUGCAGGUGAAUGACACCAGGCUCCAGAACCUGACCCGUGAGGAAGCUGUGGAGUAUCUCAUGAAUCUGCCACCAGGCGAGGACAUCACACUGUGGACCCAGAGCAAACAGGACAUUUACAGGAAGAUGAUCUCAUCCAACGUGGGAGACUCAUUCUACAUCCGGACGCACUUUGACUUUGAGAAGGACACACCAUCAGGGCUCAGCUUCACCCGUGGGGAUGUCUUCCACGUGCUGGACACCAUGUACAGGGGCAGGCUGGGGAACUGGCUGGCCGUGCGUAUGGGCAGGGACCUGAAGGAGCAGGACAGGGGCAUCAUCCCCAACCGGAGAAGGGCUGAGCAGAUUGCCAGUCUGGAGUCAGAGCUGAAAGCCACAUCUGGUGCCAACCCCUCUGGGGCACGAGCCGAGUUCUGGAAGCUGCGGGGCCUGCGGGGAGCCAAGAAGAUGCUGCGGAAGAGCCGGGAGGACCUGUCUGCCCUCACAAAGCAGGGCCGCUACCCGCCCUACGAGAGGGUGGUCCUGAAGGAAGCCAGCUUCAAGCGGCCAGUGGUGAUCCUGGGCCCCAUUGCAGACAUUGCCAUGCAGAAGCUGAGCACAGAGCAGCCUGAGCUCUUUGAGAUUGCCCCAAGUGUGCCCCGGGACGGAGCAUCGUCCAAGGUCAUCAAGUUGGACUCGGUGCGGCAAAUCGCAGAGAGGGGCAAGCACGCCUUGCUGGACAUCACGCCCUCGGCUGUGGAGCGCCUCAACUACGUGCAGUACUACCCGGUGGUGGUGUUCUGUGAGCCCGAGAGCCGGCAGGGCAUCAAGGCCAUGCGCCAGUGGCUGGCACCCGGCUCCAGGAAGAGCUCCCGGCGCCUCUAUGCCCAGGCCAGCAAGAUGAAGAAGUAUUGCAGCCACCUCUUCACUGCCACCAUCAGCCUCAGCGGCAGCGGCAACGCCUGGUACGAGGCCAUCAAGGACAUCAUCAGGACACAGCAGAGCCAGCCCGUCUGGACGGCAGCAGAGCAGGCAGAUGGGGCACUGGAGGACAGCCUGGACCUGCUCAACCCGCCGAGCACGACAGCCUCAGGCUACCUGACCUGUGAUAGUCACGCCAACAGUGACUAUGAUGACACGGAUGGUGAGGUGGAGGACGCCUACGACCAGCCUGGGCUGGCCCGCUCCUCUGAGCCAGUGCAGAUGUCCCCAGGCCAUGGUCUGAGUGAGCAGCCUGGGCUGGCCCGCUCCUCUGAGCCAGUGCAGAUGUCCCCAGGCCAUGGUCUGAGUGAGCAGCAGCAGCAGCGAGGGCAGCGCUAUGAUGACAUCAGGGAAUAUGAGCACGAUGCUGUGAGGAAGAGGUUCGUACGGGCCAGGGAUGAUUCUGACCAGGACGACGGCUACGAGUGGGGCCCAGCGACAGAUGUGUAG